AUGAGUAAAGAGAAAAAGAUCGAGUCAUCCAUGCUAACAUUCUUUGUAUAGGAGAUGAACUAAGAUUUUUGGGAGUAGACCUAAACUACUGAAUUAGAUUCAUAAGAAUUUCUGAUUGAACAUGAAUUUGUUAGAGAGGCUAGGAAGGAAGUCAAAGUCAAAGUCAAACACACAUUGCUUGUAUUGGGAGAGGAGUAUUUGUAUAAGAUCUCUCCAAAAUAAAAUUUAAAGAGAGUUCCUUUAAAUAUACUGCAUUUUGACACAAUUCCAAAAUUACCAGAAGAUCAUCUUUUGCAACUCAAUUCUGAAAAUUAAUUAUAAGGAUUCAAAUUAACUUAUGCAAGCAAGAUACUUCAAGUAUUCACUUCCCAAUUCUGUUGUUUUUUUGUAAUGGUAAGCUAUUUUAAAACGAAAAUGUCUGCUCUCUUCAUUCCAUGA